AUGAAGAGUGACGUGAAGUUGUUGGGAGCAUGGCCAAGUCCGUACGUCUUGAGGGUUCGCAUAGCUCUAAACAUGAAAUCAGUGGACUACGAAUUCCAUGAGGAAAGGUUCCCCGACAAAAGCCCGCUUCUUCUUAAAUCCAACCCCAUUCACAAGAAAAUCCCUGUUCUCAUUCAUAAGGACAAACCCCUCUCUGAGUCUUUGAUCAUUGUGCAGUAUGUGGAUGAUGUUUGGUCCUCUGCCUCUCCCAUUCUCCCAUCUGAUCCUUAUGACCGCGCCAUGGCUCGUUUCUGGGCUGACUAUAUUGAUCAAACGUUGUACCCGACCAUGAAAUCCAUUAGAGGAGCUGCGGACCAGGAAGGGAAGAACAGAUUGAUAGAGGAGGUGAGAGAAGGAUUGGCAUUGUUGGAGGACGUGUUUAAAAGUAGCAGCAAAGGUAAGGGCUUUUAUGGUGGUGACCAAAUUGGGUUGUUGGACAUUGCACUUGGUUGCUUCUUGGGGUGGCUGAGGGUGGUGGAGACCGUCAAUGGGGUGAAGUUGCUUAACCAAACCAACACACCUGAGCUGCUGAAAUGGGCUGACAGGUUUUGUGCACAUGCUGCUGUCAAAGAUGUUAUGCCAGAGACAGGAAGACUUGUUGAGUUUUCCAAAACUCUACCUAAAUAG